AUGAAAUUUGACCAAGUGUAUGAUCACUUAAUUAUUAACGGGUUCAAUCCUUCUUACACAAUUUGGGUCUUCCAUGGUGAAACUUAUACUCCAAAUUUUCAAGGUCAAAGUAGUUCAAGAGGAAUUCAGGAAGAGGAGGAUGAAACUAGAGAGGCUUAUAACUUAUAUAAAGAUGUCUUUGCCUCUGAUGAAAGGGUUGGCCACACUAUGUCUGAGGCAAGAGAUUAUGAAUUUGCUGAUUUAUUAGUAGAUGCAGAAACUCCUCUUUUCCCUAGUUGUACAACUUACACGAAGUUGUCAGCAAUCAUUACAUUAUACAAUUAUAAGUCUACAAAUGGUCACACAGACAAUAGUUUCAAUGAGCUCCUUAAGAUCUUAGGUGACACGCUUCCAGAAAAAAACACACUUCCAAAGGAUGUUUACUCAAUGAGAAAGUUGUUAAAACCAUUUGAUUUAGGAUAUGAGAAGAUUCAUGCAUGCCCAAAUGACUGUUGUCUAUUUAGAAAGGAGCUUAAAGAUUUGGACUCAUGUCCAAAGUGUGGUUCUUCAAGAUGGAAGGUAGACAAAGUCACCACCAAAGUUUGUAAAGGAGUUCCUGAAAAGGUGCUACGGUAUUUUCCUGUGAUACCAAGAUUGAAAAGGAUGUUUAAAUCAGAACAAAAGGCCGAAGACUUGAUUUGGCAUUCCAACCAUAAAAGUCAUGAUCAUAUGAUGCGUCAUCCAGUUGAUUCAAUAGCUUGGGAUACGAUAAAUCAUAAGUGGCCAGCUUUUGCAUCAGAUCCUAGAAAUCUCCGGCUUGGUCUUGCAACAGAUGGAUUCAACCCUUUUGGUGAUCUUAGUUCUAGAUAUAGUUGUUGGCCAGUUAUUUUGGUAAAUUACAACCUUCCUCCGUUGAUGUGCAUGGCGAAGGAAAAUCUUAUGUUGACAUUAUUGAUUCCAGGCCUGAAGCAACCAGGAAAUGAUAUAGAUGUAUACUUGGAACCCCUAGUGGAGGAUUUGAAGGAGUUAUGGGACAUUGGUGUGGAGAUGUAUGAUGCAUUUAGCAAGUCAGUGUUCAAUAUGAAGGCUAUUUUGAUGUGGACAAUCAAUGAUUUUCCAGCUUAUGGAAACUUAGCUGGAUGUGCCACAAAAGGAAAAUUUGGUUGCCCAAUAUGUGGUGAAGGCAUAUCUUCUAUGUGGCUUAAGUAUAGUAGAAAGUUUGCAUAUUUAGGGCAUAGGAGAUUUCUUGCUCCUAAUCAUCCAUUCCGUCAGAAGAAGAAGUGGUUUGAUGGGAAUAAAGAGACAAAAGGAAAACCUAGGCCUCUGAAUGGAUUAGAAAUUCUUAAUGUAUUGAAAGACAUUGAAAAUGACUCGGAAGAACGAAAGUUUAUUGGGUUGAAAUCUCAUGAUUGUCAUGUUCUUAUGCAACAAUUGCUUUCAGUAGCAUUGAGAAGUCUUUUACCAAAAGGUCCACGUAAUGUUAUAUUUUUGCUUUGUGUAUUUUACAAUGAGUUAUGUCAAAGAGUGUUAGAUAGGAACCAUCUAGAACAACUCGAAGAGAAUAUUGCUGAAACUUUAUGCAUGUUGGAGAGGUACUUUCCACCAGCUUUCUUUACCAUCUCUGUUCAUUUGACAAUUCAUUUAGCAAGAGAGGCUCGCCUGUGUGGGCCAGUUCAAUUCCGCUGGAUGUAUCCAUUUGAAAGAUUUAUGAAAAUGCUUAAAGGCUAUGUGAAGAACCGAGCAAGGCCAGAGGGUUGCAUAUCUGAGUGUUACCUUGCAGAAGAACGAAUGCGAUUUUGUAGUGCAUAUAUAAAAAAAGCUGCUUGUAUUGGUCUCCGAUCUAAUCGGAAUGACGAUUUGGAAAAUGGAGUAGUGGAAGGUCGCCCCAUUUCUCAAGGAAAAGAAAUUAUUUUAGAAGAACAUUUGUUACAAGCAGCACAUCGAUAUGUGUUGUUCAAUACUGCAGAAAUUGAUCCUUACAUACAGAUGCACAUUGAGGAGCUUAAACAAACAGAUCGUCGUUUCUCAAGUAAUGAAACACUGUUACAAAAACGGCAUAUGGAAACAUUUGCUCAAUGGUUAUCAAAACAUGUUCUUGAUAACUCUUCAGAUCGGAUUCAAUGGCUAGCACAUGGUCCAAGAAAGCAUGUUAUAUCGUAUACAGGUUAUAUUAUAAAUGGACAUCGGUUCCACACAAUUGAUGUUGGAAGGUCGACACAAGAUAGUGGUGUUUCAGUUGAAGCUGAUAUUAUUUGGCAAUCUAGUUCUACUGAUUCACAUACAGUAGGAAGACUAUCGUACUAUGGGGUUAUACGAGAUAUUGUGUUACUAGACUAUUAUUUUUUCAAAGUACCUGUUUUUAGGUGUGAUUGGGCUAAUCCUGGAACUGGUAUCAAAAUGGAUGAUGGUUUUACACUUGUCAACUUACACCAAGGACUAAGGACUUUUGAAAAUGAUCCUUUCAUUUUAGCCUCACAAGCAAAGCAAGUUUUCUAUUCUAGGGAAAAUGAUGAAUCAAAUUGGUAUGUGUUGCUAAAAGCGCCACCUCGAGGUAUUCAUAACAUGAAUUUGCUUGAAGAGGAUGCAUAUACAUCAUCAAAACCUCUUGAUGUGUCCAGACUUGAGAUUAACAUUACUGAGAAAGAACCAUAUUCUAGAAAUGAGUGUGAGGGAAUUGAUGUUAUUGAUAUCCCAUGA